AUGAGUAACCCUCUUGUGGUUAGCAUAGCCAACUUGGCGGCUUAUACGCCGCAAGAAACCAUUGAGCUCGUCUCUCGGUCUGGUGUCAAAAGAGGAAAUAUGCGCCCAGACAAAGUCUUUCUAUCUGCUGUUUCAGCAGGAUGUCUUCUAUCCUUUGGUUGCGGUGUUUCGUUAUGUGCCAUGACUGCUCCAUGGUAUGCCGAGAACGCGCCCGGCCUGGUCAAACUUUUCGGCGCGGGUGUUUUCCCCCUUGGCUUAGUACUUGUGGUACUUACUGGCGCUGACCUGUUUACUGCUACGACUAUGUUCACUUUGACAGCCGUUCUCCAGGGCCGGCUGCGCAUUCAAAAAAUGCUGCUGCAUUGGUUCCUUUGUUUUUUCGGUAAUCUUGCAGGAUCGCUAUUUGUAAUGUCUAUUAUCAUGGGCUAUGGCGGUGUAUUUGACGCAGACCCCUACAAGGAAGUGGCUAUCUCUUUCGCCACCAAGAAGCAAAUCGCGCCACAAGUUCACCAAAUAUUUCUUAAGGCUGUUGGAUGCAAUUGGCUAGUUUGUUUGGCUGUAUUCCUUGGAGUCCAGGCAAAGGAUCUAGCUUCCAAGGUUAUCGGCAUGUGGUGGCCAAUUUUUGCCUUUGUAGUUCUCGGCCUUGAGCACGUCGUUGCAAACAUGUUCUACAUGUCUCUUGCAAUUUGGCUCAAGACCCCUGACUUGACAGUUGGUCUGUAUAUCUGGAAGGGCAUAAUCCCCGCCACUAUUGGCAAUGUCAUCGGAGGUGGCAUGUUUGUCGGCGUGUAUUACUGGUACAUGUAUCUCGCCAUGGAAGACCCUGUCAAGGUCGACGGUGUCGAGUAUCAGGGUCCUGUUGUGGACAAUAGUAUGCACUGGUUCUCAUACAAAAAAGAGAACUCUGCCGUGGAUGAGGAGAGUAGAGUGGAGUCAGCGCCGGUUUCCUCGCCAGCAAGCGUUGUCAUGUAG